AUGAGAUAUGUUGAUAAUCAACCACCUUCCAAAUCUGAAAAAGGGAAGAAUGCCAUAGGUUCUUAUUUUAUUCCGAGAACAACUUCUGGAGCUCAACCAAGCUUAAAAGGCGUUUUACAAAGUAAAGAAGUGAUUUGGAGAGCUUACCGUUCUAUUUCAAAGUGGAUGAUUGUUUCUGGGCUCCCAUUCAAUGCAGCUAACGAUCCUUGUUUUCAGGAAAUGUUUGAUGCUGUGUGUAACUUGGGUGCAGAUUUUAAAGCUCCAACCAUGCACAUGUUACGUGGUGCUUUGCUAGAUAGUUGGGUUGAUGAGGUCCAUGAUCUUGUUGAGAGUUAUCGCAAUGUUUGGAAGCACACCGGAUGCACUAUUAUGGCGGAUGGUUGGACUGAUCGGUGUAGGCGAACUCUUAUUAAUUUUUUUGUUUAUUGUCCUAAAGGAACUGUUUUUUUGAAGUCUGUGGAUGCUUCUCAUGCUUCCAAAACUGCAUAUUUAUUAUAUCAGCUUUUCAAAGAUAUUGUGCUAUUUGUUGGGCCUGAAAAUGUUGUUCAAUUUGUGACUAAUAAUGCUACCAAUAAUGUUGCUGCUGGAAGAUUAUUAGAGGCUGAGUUUCCCAAGAUAUUUUGGUCUCCUUGUGCUGCUCAUUGUAUUAAUUUGAUGUUCCAAGACAUUGGCAAAUUGAAGGAAGUGGAUGAGGCCGUGGCACAUGCUUCAAAAAUUACGAAGUAUGUAUAUAACCAUUGUUAUCCGUUGUAUUUAAUGAGAAAAUUUACUGGAGGCAAAGAAAUACUUCGACCAGCUCCAACUCUCUUUGCCACAAAUUUCAUUGCUUUACAAAGCAUAUUGGCUCAAAAAGAUGCAUUAAGAGCAAUGGUAACAUCAAGAGAUUGGACAAAUUCAGCCAAUUCUAAGGAUGACAAGGCUAAAAGAUUUGUUGAGCAAGUCUUAAAUUCUAGAUUUUGGAAAGAGUGUACUGACAUUGUGAAAAUUACUGAGCCACUUGUCUGGCUGUUACAUCUUGUUGAUAGCGAAGAGAAGCCUUCCAUGGGUUAUCUUUAUCAGGCCUUCUAUAAAGCAAGAGAGGAGAUGGUCAAAAGGUUUCAAAGAAAGAAGAAAAAGGUGGAGCCAUACUUGAAAAUCCUAGAUAGCCGAUGGGAUUCACAACUUCGUAGAAAUUUGCAUGCCGCGGGAUAUUGGUUAAAUCCAGGAUGCCAUUUCAAUUGUGAGGAGUUUGAAAAACAUGAAUUGACAACUUCUAGUCUUUUUAGAUGUUAUUGA